UCUCCAUCGCACAAACGUGAAAAAGGCUAUAGUUCGAAAAACUCGAGUUUACGAUUAUUUUGUGUGUUGUGUCCGUAGCGAGUGCUUCACGAAAAGAAAACGGUUUUUUCUGUGGAAAUAGUGCAUUUUAGCGGACUAAUCUGGUACUAGGGUCGAGGCUAAUACCGAAGGAACGUUUUUCCGGUCGUCAGGCCAGAAAAUACGCGGAGCCGGGUUGGUUUUCUGUUGGAGUAAAAAUUCAGUUCCCCUUUCGUUCGCGCGGUGCGUGUGUCGUCUCCAUCGCUGAAGCAGACCUUCAUGUGUAUAUAUUCGGGAGAGUAGCAUAAUACCAAUACAGUAUCCGAAAGCACUCGAAGAUUAUCCAAAAGUGAGGAGAAAAGAUUUCAUAUUUCGAUUCGGAUUGAACGGUUUAUCGACGUAUUUCUGUUAGUGAAAGGGGUUACAGCACCCGAUCAUUUCCCGCAUGGCGUCGAUUCGGAUCUGGAGCUUACAGGACGUGUCCGCACUGGCGGCGAUGAUGUUUUGAUCGAGGAAUCCCGCGACACGAAGAACGAGAAGAAGAAGCCUGUGCUGCCUGGCGAACAAGCGAGCUUUGGCUCGGUCCAAGUACAGUGUGCUGGUUUCGAAAGUAGUGUGAAAGAGAUAGCGGUUCGUUAAGGACUCCUGCUCAGCAUACGAUUCAUGAGACGAAGUGGAUUGCUUCCGGGAUGUAAGGAAACGGCUGGGACUCGCUAGCCGUUCAAAACGGCGAUACUCGGAACGAUGCAUUUGUCAACCUCGAUAGUUAUGCUACAGUAUGGUGUGUGCAGAAUGAAUUACCUAGUGAACUGAUUGUCACGGAUAGCGUAUUAAUUGCGCUAGUGAAGAACUAUGCUAUUGGACUGCUGUAGGAAACGAACUGUUAGAACUGCUCCUCCGUUGAAGUAAUGUGAAACGAUUAUUUGUUAGUAUGUUUAGGUAAAAAAGUACGAAACAAGUUGUGAAAAAUUAUAACCAGAAGAGCAAUAACACUUUACAAAGCACGUAGAGAAAAUUCAGUAGUGACUGGUGUGUAGUGGAUGUGUAGUUUUUGUUUCAGGUUCCUCGGAAGGCAAAGUCACGUUCCGCGUACCUACCUGUGUCAGUUCUCCGAAUAACGGCUCUAAAUUCAGGCUGUAAGGUGUACCGUCAACCUAGCCAAGUUAUGACACACAAUCUGGGAAUGGCAUCGUAUCGAUUACCAGGUCCCGGACUGGGAUGUCCACCGGAUUUCAAGUCACCGUCGGAGUCUCCGCAGCUACCCAUCUCGGCACCGAGCCAACCGAAAAAGCGAAGGAAAACCUCCAAUGCCAACAGUGCAAACUCGGCAGCCUCGCAACCAACACCAACACCCUCUCCUCAGGAUCUACUGCCACCUCCGCCGACUGGUUACGGAGACACAAUUGUAGCGUCGAAUCCUUUUGAUGAUACCCCUACGCACACGCCAUCACCUCAUAUGGGUCAUAUGCACCACGGAGGACCGGGAAUGAUGGGUCACAUGGGCGGUGGUGCGAUGGGUCACGGUGGUCCAAUGGGAAUGAAUCAUAUGGGAAUGCAUCCGCAUCAUUUGGGAGGACCAAUGGGCCAUCAUGGUCCUCCCCAUGGACCACCGCAUGGCGGACCUCAUGGUGGACCUCUGCAUGGGAUGCCUCCGCAUGCAAUGGGUCACGGUCCAGGCCACGGAUCACCACAUCACGGUAUGGGACCUCAUGGUCCAAUGGGUCCUGGAGGCCCUCAAGGUCCACCGAUGCGAGGUAUGAGCCCGAUGGGAAUGGGCAGUCCAAUGGGACAUCCUAUGCAUAUGAACUCCGGUAUGGGGCAGAUGGGUGGCAUGGGACCUCAUGGACCAAUACAACGAGGAGGAAUGAGUCCCAUGGGCGCAAUGCCUGGAGCACCCAUGGGAGGUCUAAGCCCGAUGGGUGGCAUGAACCAAAAUCUAUCUCCAAUGGGCCCAAUGGGUGGGAUGUCACCAAUGAGUCAGCAGCAAAUGAAUAAUAAGUCUGUAGGAAGCCCCAUGAGCAGCGGUAACAUUGGUAGUCCUAUGAAUUCAAUGCCCGGCAUGGGCUCGCCACACGGUGGCCAGGGACAAAUGUUGGGUAGUCCCAUGAACACGAGUGGUGGUCAUAUGAACAACGGUCCAAUGGGACCUCCGAUGAAUAGCCCCCUUGGCAAUGGUCCACCAAAUCACGUCCCCAUGGGUCCUCAUUCGGCUGGUCAUAGUCAACCAGUGUCAUCGGCAGGACAAACAGUCGGUGGACAGACGUCACCGAAUGUGGCCGGUAUUAAUAGUAAUAAUAGAAUGAACUUACCCAAUGGUGCAAUGACAAAUCAGCAAUCAGGAAACCUAAAUCAAUUACCUCAUCAGCUGGGCCCUCAACAGCAACCGAAUAGUCAACAAGGUCAACAAUCCCAACAAAGCAACCAACAGCAGCAGCAAAUGCAAGUGAGUCAGCCUAAUCAGUCGCCAUCGAUGUCAGCGAAUCAACAGCAACCACAGAAUCAAUCUCCUGCCGCUCAAUCCCAGCCACUACCGCCCCAUCCGCCGCAUCCACAGCAGCAACAAUCACAUGUGUCUCCCUUGCCACAUCAGUCUCCUCAUGCUCAACACCAUCAAGGACCUGGUGCUAACAGUGGUCCAGUUGGUAGCGGACCUGGUUCCGGCUCUGGACCUCAGCAGCAGCAACAGAUGAAUCCAGCUGGUGUUGGUCCCGGCAGCAAUAGUUUAGGUAAUAUGAACCCAGCUGGCAUGGGUCCUGGCGGUAUGGGUGGAAUGCCACCGAAUUCGAUGAGCGGAAUGAAUCAUCACCCUUCGCAUCAUCCUGGUAAUCAUCCCGGAAAUCACCCCGGCAACCAUCCCGGAAAUCACCCCGGUAAUCACCCAGGAAAUCAUCAACAAAACCCCCAUAUGCCUCCUUCGUUGGCUGGCGUCGGAGGAGGAGGUGGUGGUGGGGGUGGAGGAGGAGGAGGAGGCGGUGGACCAAACAGCAUGCAUCAUCACAUGGGAAUGCUACCGCAUGGAAAUAUGCCACCAGGUCAUGCAGGACAUAGGCCACCAAUGGGCCCUGGAGGGCCAAUGGGUCCCGGUGGAAUGAACAUGGGAGGACCUCCGAUGGGUGGCCCCAUGGGUCAUAUGGGAGGUAUGGGCGGUGGAAUGGGUGGAAGCCCACUGCAAUCUCCUCACAUGAUAGGUGGCCCGAUGGGUGGUGGCCCCGGUGGUCCUAUGAGCGGUCCUGGUGGCCCUAUGGGUGGUCUGGGACCACCUGGAAAUGGCCCACCACCGAAUCAUCACCAUCACAUGGGCAUGUUCGGGCCGAAACCGAUGCCGGUAACCUCGGGGAAGCUGUACCCGCCCGACCAGUCGAAAGUUUUCAACCCGCAGAAUCCCAACGCUCCUCCCAUCUACCCGUGCGGAGGUUGCCACAAAGAGGUUCAUGACAACGACCAAGGAAUUUUGUGCGAAUCUGGUUGCAAUUUUUGGUUUCAUAGAACGUGCAGCGGAUUGACGGAAGCGGCGUUUCUCCUGAUUCACCACGAAGUGUACGCCGAAUGGUGUUGCGACAAGUGUCUGUCUUCCAAGAACAUACCGCUGGUGAAGUUCAAACCGUAGUCACAAAUAGCACCGCCGCCCCCGCCACCGUCACGGACCGGAAAACGAAAACCGAACACAGCAGACGAGUGCAGCCACAGUAACAAUGCUCGCGCGCUUUUUUUUCUAUGUUGUUUGAUGCGACUGUGGGGCAGUUCAGUGUAAAUAGGAUGCUAGCGAAUGUUCUGUAAAAAUGAGCAAAUGUGACGAUUGAAUGUGUGAAUUUUCAUUUUUUUUAUUACGAAUAAAUGUCGAAACCAUGGAAAUAGCUAAAUUCUUGGUAAGAGAAAAUGACUGCACGUGUGCGAGUAAUGGAAGGAAUAGGAAACAGCGACAUUCUAGUGUUCUUAAAAGCAACAAAAGGGAAAGAAAGCAAAUGCAGUAGUUAGAUAAAACGAAGUAAGAAAAUAUGUAUAGCAAACAAAUGGAAGCACAGCGCCAUAGUUAAGUUUUUUUUAAUUCUUUCCCGAAAUAUUACACCACUAGGUCGUUGUCACUGGUGGAAAACAGGAAUCAUUUAUCGUGGUACGAGUAAUGUUUUCUAUGAAAGAAACAGUUCUAAUUGAAAGUAAGAAAGUGAGAGAGAGAGAACGAUGAAAAUUGUAACCCUUAAGUUUAGCGCGUUAAGAAAAUGGAAUCAAAAAUGGCCUUCUCAAAUAUAUACAUGUAAAAGUAUGGUUUACUUAUUGAUAAAAAAGGAAGAAAAGCAGAAAAAAUAACUGAUAAGUAAGUGAAAUAUUUAUAUUAUUUAAACGCUAUUCCUGAUGAGCGAAAAUGUUAGAUAGUAGCGUACAUUGAGAAAACGAGAAAGUUCUAUAUGAAGUGUAUUUUUUCGUAAAAAUAUAUCUGCAAAGGGAAGUAAAACUAGACGGUUAUUCCACAGAAAAACAAGGAAUUUGUGAAAAGCAUUACUUUAGAGCGUCAAACGUAAAUGCUGCAUACAAAUGUUACGCUUUUCAAUUUCUGUUCCGAAUUGAGAAGGAUUACCAAGGUUUUUUUUUCUAUUUUCACGCAUAUCUGAAAAAAUGACGAAAAAUACGCAAUCACAACUCCGCCUGGUUUGAAGUGCGUUGUAUCCGCGAGAUAUUGCCCAAGAAACGAAUUCAAUUUAGACUGUACAGCUGAGAAAGAAAAACUGCUUUUCAUUCAGUCAUCUAAUGGUAAUUUACAAUUGUUUAACAGCCAUAAUUGUUUUCUCCGCCCUUCAAGGUCUGUUGGAAACAGCAGUCAAAUUAAAAUACUUUCUCCUCCACCCGUCUAAUUGUUUUUUUUUUCUUUUUAAUUUUUGAGAAUUUUCUAAAUUUCUAAAUAAGUGCGGUAACAGUUAUAGCAGAUUCAUUUCUUUCGAUUCAGCGCAUUCGGCCGUUAUAAACAAAAUAAGUACGUCACGUUUGCAACCGCCCAAAGCGCAUUAGUUUAUUUCAAAGCUUCGCGUUCUGCAAGUAGGCGGCGUUUUAUAAAGUAACAAAGUUGUGAGCACAGACGCAAGUAAUAGGAAGAAAAACAAAAGAGAUUAUUCACUGACAGCGAGCCGCUUAGGAAGAUGCUGAAUGUUCAUUAACUAGCGCAUAUGUUUUUAUUUAAUAAUUUUAGUUUUUCGAAGAA